CGGUCACAGGUGGAGUCCAGGUGCUCGCCUGCUGUGUCAGGAAAUGAAGUUUUGAUCCACGGCACACACCUCUGCGGGAGCUCUAAGAGUAUUAACUAUUUCAAGCAUGACUUUCUCAUGGAAAUUACGCCUUGCUCUUUUCUACCUCUGUUCAUUACUCUGUAAAGCGGUGACAGAGGAGCUCCAGCUGGAACCGUUGAACUCAACGGUGCUGGAAGGCUCAAAUGUUCAGUUCAACGCCAGCGUACAGGGACCCUGGAAGAUCAUGACCUGGACUGUGGGAGGCUUUCUGAUUCUCACUGUCAAUGCUGGUGGUCCUAUAUCCUCGUCAUCAGAGCAGUAUAAUGCCACAUUCUGUUCCAGCGGUGUCAUAGACUGUGUGGAGUUUACUAUCUAUAACGUCACCCGUACAGAGGCUGGACCAGUCACCUGCGCCGUGCAGGGAAGCAUCUCACCAAAGACAGCGCAGCUUUAUGUACAAGAAAGCGGUACAGUGGUCAUCAUGGGAGGGAAUGUAACUGUUGAACAGGACCAGCAGGUAGAGCUCCAGUGUGUAGCAACUGGCUGGCAUCCCAUACCUACUGUCAGUUGGAGCCGAGACGGAGCAGCCGUGAACAGCAGCCUGUACAACACCACCAGCAUGGCUGAUGGAGAUUACUUCAACUCCACCAGUAUCCUGAGGUUUCAGGCGGUCAGCAACACGAUGGUCGACUGCAUGGCCACUGUCCCAACACUAAAUUCACCACAAUCCAGCUCUGUCUUCGUGACUGUAGUUCCCAACUGGACGGUGCUGAUCGCUGUGGUUGCGUCCUUUGGAAGCUGUGCUCUGCUGGUUUUGCUCAUUCUUGGAAUCCACUUCUGCUACAAACGCAAGAAAGCAAGUGAGAUCUACCAAGAUGAGAUGAGUGACGUCAACGCAGCUGGAAAGAGACGGGGACAAGUAAAUCCAUCAUAUGUGACGGAGGGUCAGACAAGUGAACAUCCCAGUGACAGCGGCUUUUUCCAGACAAAUGGCUCCAGUGGUUUGGAGAUGCCUGAUGGUGUAUACAGUACUCAGUUGGGAAAUGGCUCCAGGAAUGCCUACAAUACUGCAAGCGAAGAAGCACAAUUCCACAAACACAGACACCUCACCUUCGUGUAAGGACGGACAGAGGACUGAGACGUCUACAAAUGUUUCCCAGCAGAACGGACUGAAGUUGCACAGCAACUUAAACAUUUUCUGCUGGUUUCUAAAAAGCUGGGAAGACAGAUGUGUCUGCCCUGAGAGCAAUCAAGGAUCUACGGUCACGAUGAGGUUGCUGAGGCUGAGAACGCCAUACAGGAUUUAUAACUAUGUGAAAUAUGAUGAAAAUAUGUUUAGGUUUUGAAACAACCGUGGGCUAUUACUGAAAUGUAUAUUUCUAUGGAGACAUAAUUUAAUUUAUAUUAAAUAUUCAAGUGAUGUGCUUUCCUGCAUCUUAUUUUGUGGUCUUAUAUAAGUGUCUACA